AUGACGAAGUCCAAGGAAGGUGCAUUCGAGCUGAUCGAGAAUCUUGCAGCGAGCUCGAGCAACAAGAACGCUGAGUACGACAGAACAGUGAGCACUGUAUCUGUCAAAGGAAGCAGUGCUGACGCGAAGAAGAUUGAGGAGCUCACUGCUAAGAGUUUGGAGGAGAGAGGACGAGAUGAUCAGAUGGAGGUCAACUAUGUGAAUGGGCAACCUUUUGUGCCGAACCGUGGUUUCAACUCGAACUACAGAAACCAUCCGAACAUGUCCUACAGGAGCACCAACGUCGAGAACCCUCAGGAUCAGGUCUAUCCGCCUCGAUCGAACCAGAACCAGCAGAGUUAUCAGAAGAGCUAUCCUAACAGCUUCCAGGAGAAGACCUUUGCCCCAAACCAGAAUCGUUCUCAAGGUGGUAACCAACAGAAGGCGCAGUUCAGCAAUCAGCAACAACCUUCAGGUUCAUCGAACAACUCGAACGAUGAGCUUAAGGUACGAAGCUGUGUGGACUCACGUGAAGAAGCUGGAUGUCCAAGUGCUCAAACCGCUGAAGCUGUGAAGAGACCUCAUGGAACCCUUCCUGGGAAAGGAGAGCAGAACCCCAGGAAUGAGUAUGUUGCACAAGUUGAGCUGAGAAGUGGAAGGAAGCUACAACCUGCUGUGAUUCCUCUGAAAAGGGCAGGCAAGGAGAAAGCCGACGAGAAUCGGAAGAAGAAGCUGAACUGCAGAGACUGCUCCAGCCGAGCUUACGCACCUAAGGUGCCUUACCCUGUUCCACGGAAGAAGUCCAGAAAAGACUUGGAGGAUGCAAGUUGUCGAGGAGUGCAGCGCUGUGCUGCAGAACAAGGUGAUCAAGAAGAGGAGCGAUCCAGGAAGAUUUGUCUUGUCAGUGCAGAUAGGCCGCAUGACCUUCGCAUGCUCUCUUUGCGAUCUCGGCUCGAGCGUGAACUGAUGCCGUAUUCUGUGGCCAAGCGACUGGGAUACACAAGUUCAAACCCACGAAAGUCUCUUGCUGGUGCAAUCAUUGACGUGAAGGGAGGAAUCAUUGAUCUCCAUCUGGGAGAUAUCGUCAUGAGGUUCGAGAUGAACAAACUCCUCAAGAAGCCAAUGUUAGAUGGGCAAACUUAUGUGAUUGAAGAUGGCUCAAACUUGGUGGACGAAGUGAGUGAGGAGAUGCUUCUUGACGACCCUCUGGAGGUAGCUUUGACUAAAGCUGAAGGCGAGUAUGAUUUCCUGAAUGAGGAAGCCGAUGGCUUCGGGAAAUGA